AUGGGAGACGAUAGAUUGUGGCAAGUAGGCAUGAUUGCUGAGCUUGUUUUAGAUGAGAAGUUAAAAGUCUGGGCAUUAUUGCCAAUUUCUAUCGUUAUGGUUUUAGUAGGAGUUAUUCGUCAUUAUAUAAUGACUUUGAUUAGCCCAGGGGCUAAAAAUUCGGCAGUUGUGAAGUUUACAGAGACUAGUUAUAUUAAUAAAGGUCAAGCAUUGUUAGGAAAUGGUUCUAAUAUAUCUAAGGAGGCUUUUGAAUGUAGACGUGGAUAUUUAUCUCAAGUUUUGGCAGAAGGUAAAUACGUUGCGCAAGAGAAUGCCGGAAAUGGCAUUGUUAAUGGAAUGGGUAAUCCAUUCACAGAUCCUAAUAUGUCAGAUGCAAUGAUGAGUAUGGCAAAGGGUAAUAUGGCCAAUUUUAUUCCACAAACUUUAAUUAUGUGGUGGGUUAAUCAUUUUUUUGCAGGUUUCGUGCUGAUGAAACUGCCAUUCCCAUUGACAGUGAGAUUUAAAGAAAUGCUACAGAGUGGAAUAAUGACGCCAGAUUUAGACGUUCGUUGGGUCAGUAGUAUAUCUUGGUAUUUCAUCUCUGUACUGGGUAUAAAUCCGGUUUACAAUUUGUUAUUAUCCAAUGCGGAAGGAAUGGACAUUAUGGAAAUGCAACAACAGCAACAACAAAUAGACCCAAUUGGUGGGCCAGGACAACCACAGCCUGAAGCACUGAUGAAAAGUUUGGCCAACGAUAUCACAAUUGCUCAACAUCAAAGUUGUUUCGACAAGAUAGAAGAGAGAAUAUUGAAGAAGUACAAAAUAUGA